AUGCGUACUGUUUUAUUGCUAAAAAACAAAUCGAAUGGUGCAGAUGAAUACGAAUUAGCAUUCGCGAAAAAGAACUACAAAAUAGCUUACCUUCCAUUAUUGACGCAUACAUACAUUCACGAAACUGAAUUGCGGAAAUGUUUCCAAAACCUCCCUUCAAAAUACAGUGGCCUAAUCAUAACAAGCCAACGAGCCAUUGAGUUUGUUAACACGAUUCUAGGCGACCUGAACGACGAGGAGUCCUCAAAUAUAAGAAAGGACAUACCUGUCUUCAUACUUGGGCAUGCAUCUGACCGUUACGCAAGAACAGCCGGAUUCUACAAACGUUACGGAAAAGAUAGUGGUUGCGCUGAAAAAUUGGCAGACGAGAUUAUUGAAUGGUAUCUUAAAUUCCAACCACAAAAGCCAAUGCUGUUUCUUAUGGGUGAAAAACAUCGCGAGACACUUCCUGUAAAGCUAAACGUGCACCGUAUCCCACUAACCACACUCACCAUUUACAAAACUACAGAAGUACCAAACGCAAGCGAUCUUAUAAAUAAUUGUCUUGACAAGGAUCAUAGCAUUACAUGGAUAGUCAUUUUUAGCCCACUUCAAUCAGUCAUUUCAGUUUUGAGGCAUUGUACAGUCAACAUAGCAACCAUCGGUCCAACAACAGAAAGCCAUCUGUUAAAUAACGGAAUUAUUCCCAGCGUGGUUGCUCCGAAACCAGAGGCGCUCUCACUAGCUGAAACCAUAGAUGUGUUUGACAAAGCGAAACCGCAGGAAAUCUAG